AUGGUCCCCGAUGGGAUUGUACUUGGUCAUCGAAUUUCUGAGAAGGGGAUAGAAGUCGAUAAGGCCAAGAUUAAGGUGAUGUCCAGUCUACAACCACCUAAAACAGUGAAAGAUGUUCGCAGUUUCCUUGGUCAAGCUGGCUUUUAUCGAAGACUUAUAAAAGAUUUCUCCAAGAUAGCUAGACCACUCACCCAUCUGCUAUGCAAGGACAUCUCCUUCGAAUUUACUGCAGACUGCUUGGAAGCUUUCCUAACGAUCAAGCAGGCUCUGAUAUCAGCUCCUAUAGUCCAGCCACCCGAUUGGAACUUGCCAUUUGAAGUUAUGUGCGAUGCAAGCAAUUUUGCUGUUGGAGUAGUCUUGGGACAACGCAAGGAUGGUAAGUUACAUGUUGUUUACUACGCUAGCAGGACACUCGAUGGGGCACAGACUAACUUUCAUGGAUGCUAUAAGGAGAAGGCCGAUGCCAAGGUUCUUCAACAGAUAGGUAACGAUUCCCCAUGGUAUGCCGAUAUCGCAAACUACUUGUGUGCUGCAGAAGAACCUCCGAAUUUCACUGGAUACACUAAGAAGAAGUUCCUACGAGAUGUGCGACGCUACUUUUGGGAUGAACCUUAUCUUUAUAAGCAUUGUGCUGACGGCCUCUACAGAAGAUGUGUUCUACAAUCAGAAGUGCAAGUGGAUUACGUUUCCAAAUGGGUUGAGGUUGUAGCAAGUCCUACCAAUGAUUCGAAAGUAGUCCUCAAGAUGUUCAAGCACAUAAUUUUCCCACGGUUUGGUGUUUCUAGAGUGUUUAUAAGCGAUGGGGGGACUCACUUUAUCAACAAGCUCUUUGCGAACCUGUUGAGGAAACAUGGCGUGACACACAAGGUUGCCACUCCUUACCAUCCACAGACCAGUGGGCAGGUCGAGAUUUCAAAUCGGAAAAUCAAAAGCAUUCUGGAGAAGACGGUCAACUCAACCAGGAAGGACUGGUCCAUGAAGCUCGAUGAUGUAUUAUGGGCGUAUCGGACAGCUUAUAAAACGCCUAUCGGGACUGCUCCUUUCAAGCUAGUUUAUGGGAAGUCAUGCCACUUACCUGUCGAGUUCGAGUAUAAUUCCUUAUGGGCGACUAAGCAGAUGAACUUCAAUGUCAAGACGGCUGCAGAGAGACGCCUUAUCCAGCUGAAUGAGCUUGAUGAAAUUCGCAUGGAUGCUUAUGAGAAUGCUAAGAUAUACAAGGAGCGGACCAAGGCUCGAUACGAUAAGAAAAUUAUUCCCAGGGACUUUGCUGCAAAUGAUUUGGUUCUUCUCUUCAACUCAAGGCUGAAGAUUUUUCCUGGGAAGUUGUGUUCUCGUUGGUCCGGACCUUUUCGAAUCAAGGAAGUCAUGCCUUAUGGUGCUGUUGUGCUUUGGGAACAAGAGGGAAAAGAAUUUAUUGUUAAUGGUCAACGCCUUAAGCCGUACCUAGUGGAUUAUGAUCCGAUAGAAACCUCCCUUCUUUUGGAGGAAUCCCAAGCUGCUUAG